AUGGAUUCUGAGUCUUCUUGGACUACCAUACUCAACCCCGGGGGCACCCUCUCUGCCCCCAAUGCCACAACGCCCUGGCUGGGUCGGGAUGAGGAGCUGGCCAAGUUGGAGAUUGGCAUCCUGGCUACUGUCCUGGUGCUGGCCACAGGGGGCAACCUGGCUGUGCUGCUGACCCUGGGCCAGCCAGGCCGCAAGCGCUCCCGCAUGCACCUGUUUGUGCUGCACCUGGCCCUGACUGACCUGGGUGUGGCACUCUUCCAGGUGCUGCCCCAGCUGCUCUGGGACAUCACCUACCGCUUCCAGGGUCCUGACCUCCUCUGCCGGGCUGUCAAGUACCUGCAGGUACUCAGCAUGUUUGCCUCCACCUACAUGCUGCUGGCCAUGACAGUGGACCGAUACCUGGCCGUCUGUCACCCCCUGCGCAGCCUCCAGCAGCCCAGCCAGUCCACGUACCCACUCAUUGCUGCUCCCUGGCUGCUGGCCGCCAUCCUUAGCCUCCCUCAAGUCUUCAUUUUUUCUUUGCGGGAGGUGAUCCAGGGCACGGGGGUGCUGGACUGCUGGGCUGAUUUCCGCUUCUCCUGGGGGCCACGGGCCUACAUCACCUGGACCACUAUGGCCAUCUUUGUCCUGCCUGUGGUUAUACUUACAGCCUGCUACAGCCUCAUCUGCCAUGAGAUUUGUAAGAACCUAAAAGUCAAGACACAGGCUGGGAGGGUGGAAGGAGGAGGCUGGAGGACUUGGGACAAGCCUUCACCUUCUGCCCCAGCUUCAGCCACUCGGGGGCUACCAUCUCGGGUCAGCAGCAUCAGCACCAUCUCUCGGGCCAAGAUCCGAACAGUGAAGAUGACCUUCAUCAUUGUGCUGGCCUACAUCGCCUGCUGGGCACCCUUCUUCAGUGUCCAGAUGUGGUCUGUGUGGGAUGAGGACGCGCCUGAUGAAGAUUCCACCAACGUGGCCUUCACCAUCUCCAUGCUUUUGGGCAACGUCAGCAGCUGCUGCAACCCCUGGAUCUACAUGGGCUUCAACAGCCACCUGUUACCACGCCCCCUGCGUCAUUGUGCCUGUUGCUGGGGUGCCCGGCCCCGCAUGCGCAGACAACUCUCCAGCAGCAGCUUCUCCAGCCGCCGCACGACCCUGCUGACCCGCUCCAGCUGCCCACCCACCCUCAGCCUCAGCCUCAGUUCCAGGCCUGGGCCUGCAGAGUCACUGAAGGACUUAGAGCAGGCGGAAGGGGAUGCCACCACGGAGAUGUGA